AUGCUGGUCUCCUUGACCGUGGGCAAGGUCGACGCCGGUGUCGCGGUCCUCCUCACCGAGGACAAACGAUUGAUCGAGUUUCCUUCGAUUCUUCUUCCCUCUUCCAUCAAUUCAGGAUCUAUCGUCGACAUCACCGUUACUCAGAACCAUGAGGCAGAAGAAAAGGCCCGGCAGGCAUUCGCUGCUUUGCAAGACCAGAUCCUGAACACUUAUGGAAUAAAUACCCCUGCUACUCCGGUUUUGCGCCUUCGAAAUGCCACUCAGACAUCCCUCGUCCUCGAAUGGGACCCAAUCCAAUUAGCCACGACGACUCUGCGGUCUCUGGCGCUGUACAGAAAUGGAAGCAAGGCAGGCAACAUUCCGCGACCGUUGGAAAUGACGAGCACGAAAAUAAGCGGAUUGGCUGUGGAUACGGAAUACUCGUUCUACUUGGUCUUAAAGACAAGCGGAGGCACUUAUACAAGCAACACAUUGACCGCCAGGACUCAUGCUAUGAACAACCUCACCGGUAUCACCGUGACUCCCGGAAUCUUGCCUCCUCAACUGAGAGAAAGCCUGGAGGCCGCGGUGGAACGGAUCGGCGCAAAGAUAGUCGACACCGUCAGAAUAGACACGACGCAUUUCGUCUGCACAGAGGGCCGCGGGCGAGAAUGGGAGAGGGCCAAUGAGAUGAACAUUCCCGUGGUCCGGCCGGAAUGGAUAGAAGGCUGUGAGAGAGAAGGUAGGAUAAUUGGCGUUCGGGGUUAUUACCUCGACGCGGACCCACGACAGCGACAGAUUGGCUCCAACCCGUCGCUUGCCGGAAGAUCAUCUACCAGUGUACCGGCAACGACAACGACCCCUACUGGCGCACCACAGCAGUCUAGCCUCCCCGACAGGUCCAAAGCUGCAGGUGCAGGUCCCAAGAGUCCCGACCGUGAGAGCACUCUCAGCGGAGAGCCAGGGCCUGAAGUUGGACCGCAAUCUCCACCUCCCGCCGAGAAGGAACUGCCGCCACCUCCUCCUGCCGACGCGGAAGACGAAGCGAGUAGCAGUGCAGAUGAAGAAGCCCCGAAUGAUGAGAAGGCGGAAAAAGAGGAGUCUGAUCAAGACGAAGAAGAAGCUGCGUCUUCCGACGAGGCUGGAAAAGACCAUGAGCCACCUGUCCAAGACGAGCAACACCAGCAGGCCAAGGUUGAAGAUGGGAAAGAAGGUGCAGAGAUGGAAGAUGUCGCAUUAUGA